AUGAUGUCUGAAUAUUCCGCUGUCAUCAAGGGAUCACUGAAGCUGAAAGCCGACAGCAAAAUCAAAAAAAAAAGUAAACGACAUAGGCGAAAGGCAAAGGUGGAAAAGGAGCCAGAAGUUAUUGCCGAAACAGCUGAUUCCACGGAACCCGCCAGCACCAACAAGGAUAAUGCGUUCAAACUGACGAAGACCAAAUCUGAACUCGAAUUUGACCGUCGCAAGGAGAAACGAUUAUUGGAAACGAUCCUGACAAAGGCGGAGAAGUCCCACAAACAGCGCAUAAUAGAUCUGAACAGGCGUCUUAACGAAAUGAGCGAACACUUUGAUAUCCCCAAGGUCUCCUGGACCAAAUAA